AAAUUCAUUCGGUUUAUUCAGAAAAUAAUGGCAUGGCAUCCAUUCAAAUUGCUUCCUUGUUGUUUAGCAUGCUAAAAGAUGGCAAAUUCGAGGAAGUGGAAGUUGAACAAUUGAUAAACGUCCUGGAAAAUGUACAACACAUUGAGAGUCGUAUCUAUGAAAAUGCAAUUUUGCCUCGAUUUUUGGAAUACAUCAAUCGCAGUGGUCAGUUGAGUAAAGAUGAGAACCGAGUCAAAAAUGUCCUGGACUUAAUAGUUUCGAUCACAGACAAAACUUAUCUAACUAAUGAAAUUGCCUUCAAAACGGUGUUAAUUGUGCUGAUCAGUAAAAUUUAUGAUCCAGUGACUAAUGUAAUGCAUAAUGUAGGAGAAACUAUUCUUAUUGGAGUGCUCAAUUGUAUUGAAAGCUUAUCGAGACGCCUAGAAAGUGAAGCUAUAGAAAAAUUUUAUAGACAAGAGAAUGCUACCAUUGUAGGACAGAUAAUUUACAUUACUUUAGAAAAACUUCAAAGAGACUCUGCUUUGGAUUUACGAAUAUCUGCAGUAAAUUGCUUGAAGGGUAUUUUACAAGUCCAUGAUGAAUUUGAUACAACCGAUAUUGUUUUGAGGGCUAAUGUGGCAGAUGUGGUAUUUAAAAUGACACCCCGUGUGUUUGUAGUCUUAUCAAACUUGUUUGAAUCCGAUGCAAAGAUGUCUCAGAAACUAAGAGCGAGAGUUCUUGAGGCUUUUGGACGUAUAUUAUGUUUAAUAUUUGAAGAUCCAAACGGCGAUAUGGAAAUGCAUGAUGUGACACAAACAGACUUCCUAGAGCUUCUUAAUCCGCAAUCAAUUGACAAUACAAAAACCAAAGCUAUAAUGAGCUCAGAAUCAUCAAAGAGAACAGAUGAGUGGAAAACCAAUGCCAUAGGAAAAUUGGCUCCACUAUUUAAUCGACUUUUAAAUCUAAUGUCGGUAAAUUACGGGAUACUUGUCACAGAACAGCUGAAAAAAACAUCAUUACUAGUGACACUCAAAUGUGCUAGGAACUUCCAUAAGCAAAUCUUGCCAUUCUAUGAAAUUCUUUUGGCAAAUAACAGUAAUUCAGAUGAUUGGGACGACUUUAGGUACAGAUCAAAUCUGCUUCGAGACUCAAACGAACUAAUGAUAUUUGGUCUCAAUAGACAAUUACGUCAAUUCUCACGAAUAAUUAAUCGGAAGAAUGAGCAACAAUUAUUAAUAUCAUUGAAAGUGUUAAAGGGAUACAUGGAAUUCUUUAAAAAAACAUUCAUUCUGACAAACUCGGAUAUGGUGGAUCGUAUCUUUGAUAAUUUGUUACUUUUAUUUGAAAUCGAAUACCCGUCUGUAUGUCUGGAAGAAGUAGUGGAAUGGAACGACAUGAACUUGAGUGUCAAUAAAAAUCGUUUACCAUGGAGGAAUUAUAAAUAUUUAUCAGACGAGUCCCUCUUAGGUGCUGCAAAUCAAUUGAUUGGAUCAUUAUCAUCUUUGAUGCCCAUUCUCAUUAAUAAAUCAUUCGAUAGACUUGUUGCUCAUAGUAAUUCUAGCAAUACAUUAAUUUGUGUAGUGCUGCAAAUGCUCCACACAAAGACAGAUGCCACAGAUCUUUUAGUUGAACAAAUUCUAGAGCACUUUUUACACAAUGAUCAUUGGUCUUUGGAAAUCCACCAGAGCUCAGAGACAGAUGCUUCGGUAGAAGAAUUGCAUUUCAACGUGAUACACGUGUGUCUUGUCACAGAAUUGAUCAGCACAUGCAGCAACUAUUUGCGAUCAAAUUUUGAAAAAUAUAUCUUUGAUGCGUUACCAAAAAUUUUGGAAAAGGUAUCAAGUCCGAAUGUUCUCGUUCACUCAGCAGCCUUACAUGGCUUGGAAAUAAUGUGCAAUGGAUUGCAUGUAAAAAACGUAGAAACUUUGAUCAAAAAUAAUGUAAAUUUCAUAACGCACUAUAUUGAAAUUAAUUUACGAAAGGAAAAUGUAAAUCCGUCGUUAAAUAUGGCAAAUGCCCUCUUACAAUUGUACUAUGAUUACGAUAAUUUUUAUUUCACACAAGGAUUGUUCGCAAAAAUUAAUAAUAUUUUCCACAAAAAAUCCGUAAGUGAUGCGGCUGUAACGGCUGCAUUGAAAGUAACUUUAAUUUUGUUGAAAAAAUUAAGACAACCGCGUAAAAUGGGUGACUACAAUGAAAUAGCGGCCGAAGAAAAACUUGACAGUGACGAAAUUUUAGAAAAAUGGCUUAUGAUCUUAAAUCCACCGGAUACACCUAGGUACGACCCAAAAGAUUCUGAAUUUGAUUUUGAAAAAAUGCGGCAAGAAAUGAACAGUAUAAACGCCGAGACAGAAAUGGAGGAAGACACGAUCGACGAAACUGAAAUCGAGACUACUGAAAAUGUGUUUCUUCGUGAUCUCAUAAAAUCACUCAUUAGGUUCACAUCUUCAUCAAAUGUAUUACACAAAUUAUACAGUCUAGAUGCCAUUGGACAUUGCCUGAAUCUGCUUGAUGCCGAAAAUAAAGAAUUCCUUCCAACGAUACAUCUUAUAUGGGCUCCUUUAGCAUCGCGAUUUAAGGAAAAUAAUUUACUCGUAAUAAGUCGCACAUUCGACUUGUUGCUUGAUAUCACUCGAUUAUCAAAGGAUUUCGUACAGAAGCGAACAUCAACGGAUGUGCUUCCUGGCAUAAUGGACUUUUUGCAUCGUAGUAUGGCAGAAAAUCUUACCAAUACUGGAAGUUUUGCGUCAUCGCUCACUCAAAGUUUCAAAUUACAGCAAAAAAUUUUCGAUGAUAUAGGCAACGUUUUUCAAUACCUCGAUAUUCACGAACGACUGUUGGAUAACUUGCUGGAUAUUUGUAUAAAGUUUUUAAAGAGCGACCAACCAAAAUUACUUAAAAACUCGUGCUGGAAGUUGAUGGAAAAGCUCUAUUCGUACGAUUCAACAGCUGUGAUUUUAAAAUUACGCUUAAUUGAAGAAUAUCUAUGAGUCUACGUUUUUUUUUUUAUAAAAAUAUAAAAGAAUUUUUUUUA